GACAGAGAAGGGGGCACAACAGGCAGCAACGAGACAGCGGCCCCGCAACAACGUGGCACAAGACAACCAGUACCAGUACCAGCCCAAGAAGACCAAGAAGACCCAGGACCCGGCCAAGAAGACUAAGCACCAGAAGGGCAAAAAGGAGCGGGCCAUCUACAACCAGGCUGUGGCACCGAGACGAGCGGUGGACGACUACGAGCAGACCCGUUACCUUGGAACAGACCAGCUGAACCACGAGAACCACCACGACAAGGAGCUACAAGACCAGCUGAACCACGAGAACCACCACGGCAAGGAGCUGGGCAAAAAGGAGGGAAACAACCAC